AGAUGUGCAUAUUUCUAAAUGAUUAACACUGUAUUUGUGUGUGGCAUCGACGUUUUAGCUUUAUAACUGUUUCGAACAUCAUCGUCAACAACAACAACUGCAUGAACAUUCUUUGCGCACAUGUGACUCUUCCAUUUUGAAUCCAAAAUAAAUUGGCACGUUGUUAUUUAAUCUCGCUUUUGGAUAGUGGUUUGGUUUCGAUCAAAUCACGCAAUAGACUUUGGCGUUGAAAAAAAAAGUGUCAGUGACAAAAGUAAAUCAUAUGAAUUUUGACAAUUCACGGAAAGAGUUUGGAGUGUGUUCAGAAAAAAGAUGUCAUCAGCCGAUCAUUCGACGAAAAUCUUGCAGAACCAAAUAAUUGAGAAGCGAUGGACGGUUGGACAAAGAAUUGGGAAGGGUUCGUUUGGAGAGGUGUACGAAUGUUAUGACAGCUAUACUGGCAGAAAGGUUGCAAUAAAGUUUGAAGAUAGGACAAGUUCACAUUCGCAAUUAAAAAAUGAAUAUCGUGUGUAUCAGCUUAUUGGUGAGCGCACAGGUAUUCCAAAACUAAUUUACUAUGGAUCUAAUGAUCAAUAUGAUUAUCUCGUUAUGCAAUUGCUGGGCCCAUCUUUGGAGAAGUUGUUCAAUUAUUGCCGACGAAAAUUCAGUUUGAAAACUGUUUUAAUGUUGGGCGAAAAAAUGAUUCGUCACAUAGAAAGUAUUCAUCAAAUGAGCUAUCUUCACCGUGAUAUAAAACCUGACAACUUCGUCUGUGACGUGGAUAAUCAUUCGGAGAUUUAUUUGAUUGAUUUUGGUUUGGCACGCCGGUUUUGUCAAGUCGUCAACAACGAGGUUGAGCACGUGAAACAAAUGAAGUUGCAAAGUUUUACCGGGACAGCUAGGUAUGCAUCGAUUUCGGUUAUGCAACAGUAUAGCAGUGGCAGAAAAGACGAUCUGGAAUCGUUGGCUUAUAUUUUGAUCUAUUUUUUGCAAAGUAAAUUGCCGUGGCAACAGGUGCCAAAGGUUGGCGACAAUGGUUUGACUACCAAACAGCGUAAAGAACGGAUUCUUGAAAUAAAAAUGUCGACAAGUGUAAUGGAUUUAUGCAAAGGAUUGCCAGUUGAAUUUCAAACCUUCGUAGGCUAUUGUCGUCAAUUGAAAUUUGACGAAAAACCCAGCUAUGCAUUCUUGAGACGUCUUUUGGGAAUUCAAUUCGAGAGAAAUUUAUUUGUCAAAGACUAUAUUUACGAUUGGAAGUUGAAUGAAUCGAAAGACUUAAAGAAGAACAAGAAAAACCAAAUCAAAUAGAAUACAUUAAUGCUAUGAUAUUUUUUAUUUACAUUGCGAUUUUUUAAAAAAAAUGUAUUGAAAAGAAAAUCAAAACUCAAUAAAUGCACAAAUUUCUAACGAUAAGCGUCGUUAAAUGUCAUACUUUGAAAAGUUGAAGUGACAUUGAACGAACGCAUUGUUUUGUUUUGACAUUUUA